AUAACCAUUUGUUUGUUGUUUUCUGUCACAAUUAAGUCUCUGUUUUGGUUAUUAUUUUAAUUAUUUUUAUAAUUGUUUCAUUUUAUUGUCUCUCAAUCAAUUUAAUUCACUAUUGUUUACGUGAUAGAUCAAUUUGUUACUUGCCACAAUUAAGAUGCCCGGAUAUCAUUCUAAAUUAACAAAUGCAUCUCGGAAGAUUGGAAAUGUAGCCUUUCUCACAUUUAAAACUAAAGUUCGUGGACCAGUGACAACAAUGAGUCCAGAAGAUUUGGUUGAUAAUGAAUUGGAUAUAAUUGAUGAAGCUCUUUUCAAUUUUAAGGCCAAUGUUUUCUUUAAACAAUUUGAGAUUCAAAGUGAUUCUGAUCGAGUUCUAAUCUAUUUAACCCUGUUUAUCACUGAAUGUUUAAAGAAACUACAAAAAUGUACCAGCAAAGAUCAAGCAUUACAAGAAGUUUACUCUCUUGCUGUUUCCAAAUUUGACAUUCCCGGUGAUGUUUCAUUCCCUUUGAAUACCGUUUACGCUAAACCAUCAACUCUGGAUGAAGCUAAUCAAAUGCGAGCUUAUUUUAACCAAUUAAGACAAGAGACUGGUCAAAGGCUGGUGGAGAGAGUGUUCGAUAAGGAAACGAAUAAACCAUCAAAAUGGUGGAUCUGUUUCGCUAAGAGAAAGUUCAUGGAUAUUAGUCUUUCAGGGAGAGGACAAUAAAUUGCAAUUCUUUUGUUUUUCUAUUUCAAAAAGAAAUCGUCACUUGUUAACCAUUGUCAUCGGUUGUAAAUUCCGAUUCUUUGAUUAUCUUUCUCUCUCUCUCUCUCUUCUAUACACACAUACACAGUCUUUUCCUCUCUUUAGAACUGCUCAAAUUGUUUUCAUGUUUCAAAUUGCCGAAAAUGUGGACCGAUUACUAUGGAUUGAUAAUUAACACGAUAAAAAUGAAAUAAAGUCAUUUAGACAAGAAAAUAUUA